UAUAUAUAUAUAUAGAGAGAGAGAGAGAGAGAGAGAGAGAGAGAGAGAGAAGGGAUCUGUUGUCACCUCCCCCUGUGCGAUUGAGAAAGCCUACCCACAUGGCAAGCGUCGGUCAAUGCUUCCACAUGAGUAGACUCUCUCAGUCGCGCAAGGAAGGUGGGCAGCAAAUCAACUUCUUACAGGGUUGUUAUCCUGUCUGACUCACCGUGUACGCAUGUCGUGGCAUCCAAAAGUGAUCCAAGCGCCCCAAAGUGAACGAACUCGGGGCAUCUAGAUCACUUCUGGAUGCCCUGACCACACAGUCGUGAAUCAUGAUAUAUAUAUAUAUCAUGAUUCAUAAUUUGAUCCAUCUUUAUUUAUGCCAGUGUCAUGAUUCAUAAUUUGAUCCCUGCAACUUUGUUUAGCAGAUUGAUGUAUUAGAUCUUCUGGUGCCAUUUCUUUUGUUCUUGGAUGAAGAAGCUGAAGUGACCCAACAUCCUUUCUAUCUGGUGCUCUUGUAGUCAAGUAAACUUUUCUUUAGAAAAUUUUGGAGACGUAUUAUCCUGAUGGUGAAUCAAUCUUUUAGUUGAUAGAUGAUAUUACAGAACUUUUAACUCGCUUUUGUUUUUUUUUUAAUUAAAUUUGGAGAAAGCAUUGGGCCACUAAGUGGUUACAUCUUUGUCUUAUAUUUUUAACUUCUUGCAGCUUUAUUUCCAUCAAAGUGAGUAGAUGCUCAUGUUAUGUUUUGUUUUCUGCAUUCAUGUCUUCCAUGGACCUGUGUGUGUGAAGUCAACUUUAUAAAAGCUGGUUCGAUUAGAAAGUCCUGAGAUGAAAGGCACCUCCAUAAAGUAGGAUAUAAAGAAAGAUUACUUUUCUAUCAAAACAUAUUUCGCCAAGAGUAUGUAUACCAUUCUGUUAUGUUUAAACAAUGGCCCAUUAUUCAAGUAGAGAGCAUCUCAAAUAUUGCUCGUGUUGCUUUAGCUCUUUGGAUUUUUCUUAUCUUAGAUAGGGAUAGAAGUAGAGUGGGAAUCAUAUUUUUUUUAAUGCUACAUUAACUCUUUGAAUGAUAAACAGGUAUUUGAAUUCUUUUUUUUUUAAUCUUGACUUGGAGGUUAUGAGAAUAAUUUUCUUUUGGAUUACAAAUGAUAGAUUAAAUCCCUAUCAACAUUGUUGUUAUACUGAUUUGUGCCCUACACAUUAAUAAUAAUUCUUCUGAAUUUAAUUCACUUACUAUUACUUACUCAUGCAUACAAUACUUAAACUGUCUAAUAAGUAACUCCUGAAAUCCAAAUUAAAAAUGAUAAUCAAGCGGAUACUUCAUUCAACAACAGGAUGAUCUGUGCCAAUAUUUGGUUAAAUUAUGUGCAAACUUAUUACAUGUUCAUACCACAUGCAUUACACAACAAUAAGCUACAUGGUUUCUAUAAUACACAUGCUUUCAAUCAUGCCCAACUUAAUCAUGAGCAACAUUUAGAUGACAACUUUAUCUCAUCAACAGAAGGUGACAAAUCCUCGUUGCCAAGGCAGGGUAAGGCAUCCUAUUCAUAUAUCUCCACCCCCAAAAGCAGCAAAGCAUGGCAUCAUCCUCAUUACCUGAAACAAGAAUAUUACUUAAUUUCCAUGAUCAAUCAUCUCUAUCUCUAUAAAUAAUCCCACAGGUCACCAACAAGCAUCGCGUUUGUCCAUAUAUUAAUUGACUUUUAAUUCUAUGUUGUUCGCAACACUUGAUAAAGUAUUCAUCAUUUAAUUUGGCAUGUGUUUCCGGUGCCGACGUCGCCGGUCGGCGUGGAACGAGUACAGGGUGUGCUUCUUCUUCCGACUCCGAUUCAGGCCGGCAUCAGUUGAGCCGCCGGAAGCGAUCAAGAAGGAGUUCGAUGAGUACGCCAAUGAUGGCGGGAUGAUGGGAGUCCACGAGCUGGCCGAGUUCCUGGCAAAAGUGCAAGGGGAGCCUGCCGGCACCUCCUUGGAGGCGGCGCAGGCCAUCAUCGAUGGCGUCAGGGAAGUGAACCCCCUGAGGGUGUUCCAGAAGAAGAAAGACCUUUCACUGGAUUCCUUCUACCGGUUUCUCUUCUCCGAUGACAACGCCGCUCAUCCUCCUCUUGGAGUUUACCAAGAUAUGACUGCUCCACUAGCUCACUACUUCAUCUUCACAGGCCACAACUCCUAUUUAACAGGCAACCAACUCAGUAGCAUUUGCAGUGAUGAACCGAUCAUACAGGCAUUGCAAAAUGGAGUCAGAGUCAUUGAGCUUGAUCUAUGGCCAAAUAAAACACAUACUGCUAUUGACGUGGUUCAUGGAGGGACAUUAACUCACCCAGUGGAACUCAUCAAAUGCCUGACCUCCAUCAAGAAAUUUGCCUUUAAAACAUCUGAAUAUCCAGUGAUCAUCACUUUUGAAGACCAUUUAGAUGCAGGCCUUCAAGCUAUAGUAGCUCAGAUGUUAAUUGAGAUUUUUGGAGACAUGCUGUUUACUUCAGACUCCAAGUCUCUUCAAAAAUUUCCUUCGCCAGAAGAACUGAAAAUGAGAAUCAUAAUCUCCACUAAACCACCGAAAGUGUACCUUGAAUCAUCAUCCAAGGUCCCCAAGGAAGAAGAAGAAGAACAAAAGGGAGACCAAGUGAAGCCAUGGAGUGGAGAACUUUCCGAUCAUGAAGACAAGCCCAGUGAUGUCAGUAAUCUGCCAAAAAAAACAACCUGUGAUUUGAUUGAUUUAUCUGAUAAAGUUGUUCACUUACAGAUUCAGAGACAAGUAACUGAACAUGAUGAUGAAGAAGAAGAUCAGAUAGUAGCGCCUGAGUACAAGAAUCUGAUUGGAAUCACAGCUAAGAAACUGAAGGGUGAUUUAGGGGCUGCUCUCAAGAUUGAUCCUUUCAGUGUGAGUCGUCUCAGUUUAAGUGAACUAGCAUUGGAGAAAGCCACUCUCUCCCAUGCAACAGAACUUGUGAGGUUUACUCAGACGAACUUGCUGCGGAUAUAUCCGAAGGGCACCCGAGUUACUUCUUCCAACUACAAACCGUUGCUGGCUUGGACUCAUGGUGCACAGAUGGUUGCACUAAACAUGCAGGGGCAUGGCAAAGAGCUGUGGCUGAUGCAGGGCAUGUUCAGAGCAAAUGGAGGCUGUGGCUACGUGAAAAAACCAGAUAUGUUACUGAAGAAUGAUGAUCCCAAUAAUGUCUUUGAUCCUAGAGCUGCAUUGGUAGUGAAGAAGAUUCUGAAGGUGAGGGUGUACACCGGAGAUGGCUGGCGAUUUGAUUUCGACAAGCAUUACUUUGAUUCUUACUCUCCUCCAGAUUUUUAUACAAGGGUUGGGAUCGCUGGAGUGGGAGUUGAUACUGCAAAAAUGAAGGAAACGCAUGCUAUUGAGGAUGACUGGACGCCUGUUUGGGACGAAGAGUUUGAGUUCCAGUUGAGGGUUCCCGAGCUUGCGCUGCUCCGCGUUGAGGUCUAUGAGCAUGACAUGUCAGACCCCGAUGACUUUGCAGGGCAAACUUGCUUGCCAGUGUGGGAACUGAGGACUGGAAUCCGGUCAGUGAGGCUCUGUGACCAUGAGGGGAAGACACUGCCGUCAGUGAAGCUGCUGAUGCGCUUUGAGAUAGUUGAUGUGGUUUGAGACUGAAAUUGAUCACCGACUGAGCAUAUGAAGAUGAACUAGUUCAUUUAUAUUUGUUCACUAAUUAUCAUCAAAACAACUUCUAAAAACAUCUUUAUUUUCCAUGUUAUAAUUUAUAACUACUGUAACAUAUAUAUAUUUCAAUUCUAAUCAACGCUACUAAUAGUAA